AUGGUAUGGUCAAAAAUUAUCUCGUCUUUGAACAACAUAAAGUUAACUUGGGGAGAAGACAGUCUUUACUUAAAUACUUUAUAUGGUGAAUGUCAAAGCAGAUUGGUGACAAGCGAAGCACGUGGUGCUGCAACAUCUGAAACAGCGAGAUUCUUUUGCCUUUGGAACCUUCCAGUUAUCAAUAUAGGAAUGGAGUAUGGAGUGAAAGCGACCUGUAUGACAAUGUGUCCAGAAUCUGAAAUUGAUUUUAGAUGUAAGAAUGGUUUGAUUCAUCCGUUGGAAAUGGCCAGUGGGACUUCGUUCCAAACUUGGAAAAGGUUUCCUGCAUCGAAAGCUGAUCCUGAGAAGAUGGUCAAGCAGUAUUCGAGGUAUACCUUAUCGAUUAGACAACUUAAAAUUGGUUGUUUGUUAAUUUUGCUCAAUUCUUUUAGCUAAAG